AUGACAAAACAUCUAGCUCACUACUGGAGAAAUGUCCUGAUUAUCCUUCCCAUUAUUAGUACAGCUCUCGCCACAGUGAUCUUCACUUUCCGUCUCUAUGCUCGAUAUCUUGUGGUUCACGGAUUGCGUGUCGAAGAUUAUCUGAUGGGAAUGGGGUUGCUGUGCAAAACUUAUGGUUUCUCAACUUGUGUGCCGGGCAACUUGCUACCUAACACUGGCUCCAGGAUCUGGGACCUGUCACCAGAACAGCGAUUGAAGAUCUCGUUGGUGCAAUGGAUCUCGCAAAAGUUUUGGCCGCCGGCCCAGGUGUUUGUGAAGGUUUCAAUUGUAUUAUUCCUUCACAGAUUGCUUGGAUGCGUUAGCCGCUUUAGACAGGUUGCCAGAGCUGUCAUAACCUUCGUCAUCGCCUGGGGUGUAACGGCGAUUGUUGGAAAUACUUUCCAGUGUUGGCCUGUGCGAUACUUCUGGAUUAAACACAUCGAAGGCCAUUGUAUGCGCGGACAAAAUACCUUUUACAUCAUCAUUGGGUCUGCCUCGGUGGCAGAGGAUGUCUUUAUUCUUUGCCUUCCGUUGCCUAUAGUUCGGAAACUUCAAACUCCACUCCAGGAGAAGAUAGAAAUUACAUUACUGUUUUCAAUAGGUUGUUUGUACGUCGCUCUUCGCAUCACAUUUAGAGGUCACAAUGCUAACAUAACUCCUUCCUCCAGAGUGUGCAUUUUCAGUAUCCUUCGUUUGGUGGAACUUAAAAACUACCAGACGGACAAUUUGACUUACAGCAGCUCCUUAACGCAAAUUUGGACAGUAGUAGAGCUUAACAUGACUAUAAUCUGUGGUUCGUUACUGUUAAUGAAGCCCCUCUUUCAGUCCUGUAUGAGGUUUUUGCGUAAAGGCAUUGUCAGAUUUAACAGCAAGCUCCAUUCUCUUGAUACUACAGGGGUGCCUAUGACAGGUUCAUCGCUUCCAGAAUCAAGGGUGGACCAAGCAGAAUCUCAAUAA